AUGACUCCCCAAGUCCAAUACUCCCCAUGCUCCGAUUCAACCGAUUCGUUGGAGAAAGAUAAUAAUCCAGAAGAGUGCGGAUUUCUUUUUCCAUCCAACAAUAGAGGCCCCAAGUGGGGACCUCGAUCCAGCGUCUGGUACCAGGCGCUAUCUGUUACAGUAUGCGCCCUGCUAGCAGUCCUGGUGAUCCUCAAUGGACUUUUACUAUUCUGGAUAAAAUCUUCAUCCCUCAGUAAUCCGGACGGGCCAAGCCAACUGGAUUAUUUUCUUUACUCCCCUUCCGGCGAAAAGAAGCAUCCGGAGAUAGUGGAAAAAAUAUACCAUGAUUAUCAUGAUGACUUCUUGAAUUUCAAUACAACGAUAUCUCAACAACACUGGCGAAAUCUUUUCCCUGUGGGAGAAGGCAUGAUUGGCUUGACCGACCAGCAAGUCAUUGAUAUGGAUGUACAUCAUUCUGUUCGCGGAGUUUCAGAUCCGAAUAGACACAUCUAUAUGGUGGCUGCGUUUCACCAACUGCAUUGCCUGGUGAGUUCUUGUUGUCACCCCACACUAGUGCAAUUAGUGACUAUCACUAACUGUGGGCCUUCCCAUCAGAGCCAAGCGCGAGCUAUCAUCAUGCAUCUCUUCCAGGACCCAAACUACACCAUCCGUGAAGCCACAUAUCAUCAUACUAUGCACUGCGUGGACAUUGUACGACAGGCGUUAAUGUGUGCCUCAGACUCGACACUUAUUUGGAAGGAAUACGAUAUCAAAUGGCCUGGGGAGGGAGGUACAAGGGUGUGCCGGAACUUCGAUGCUUUGACGCAAUGGGUGGUUGACCACCAAUAUGUGUCCGAAUCAUUCGACCCCGCUCUCUUACCCCACACGGAUUACUGA